AUGGAAGAUUCAAGCAGCCCUACGCCUAGAACAGAUUUUACUGGUAUGUCAAUGGACGCCUCGAGCAAUCAUUCUCCCAAAACUGAUUUUACACAUGAAUCAGUGAACCUACGUGGAACUGCUUCUAUCGAAAUUAAUCAAGAAAAUCAGGGUACAACUUUUGAUGAGUUACAAUCUCUAGUUGGCGGCUUGAUUUUUAAUUCUGAAUCAGCCAAUUCAGGUCAAUUAUAUCCAAUUUUAUGUGAUAUUAAUAAGCGUUUACCUGGUCCUCACUUUGAUCCCCCAACAAAGGACCAAGUUCGCAAACUGAUGGAGUGUGAUAUGAACCUCGAUGGUGCACUGGAUCGUGAAGAAUUUGUCAAGUUUAUCAGCCGUAUGACAAAAGAUACAUUCAUGACAGUGAGUCAGGGUUUGAUCAUUGCUCUGGCCGCUGCUCCAACCGUGGCACUUCUAACAAAAAGGUCAACUGAGAAUGUUCCUGGUGUCGGGAAGGUGGUGGAGAAGAUACCCAAUUCAGUCUAUGCGUCCCUUGUCACCCUCGUGGUCAUUGCUUUGCAACAAGGUUCAGAGAAAGCAUAA